AUGUUUCAAAAUUUGUAUAAACCAAAUUUUAGUGAAAAAGAACGUCAGGAAAUACGGAGAAAAGAACUAUUGCAGCAACAAAAACUUAAACGUUUGAAACAACAAGAUGAACAGAGGAGUCUCAAAGACCCACAUGCUAGUGAAUAUAAAAGAAAGUUUUACCAUAAAAAGCGUAAGAUCAACAAUAAUAUAGAAAAUAUCAACCUACAACUUUCUGAGUGGCUUAAGGAGAAGCCAGAAAAUUUUGAUGAUUGGCUAUUAGUGCCUUGUCCCAAGGGUCAACGUUGCAUAGUGGUUGCAGCAAGAGGAGAAACUAAAAUGUUUAGCAAAAAUAAGAGAUAUCGUAUGACAUUCUCUAGUUUAUUACCUGGUGGAGGUAUUUUAGGUUCAAGCAAUGACUCCUGCAUAUUAGACUGUAUAUAUAGCAAAGAAAUGGAUAUUUUCUAUAUACUGGAUGCUUUACAUUUUUCAAUACCUUUGGUGGACUGUGAUGCCGAAUUUCGUUUCUUUUGGUUAAAAUCAAAAUUAAACGACCUUGACGAAUUCGAAAGAAAGCUUAAAUAUGAUGACCUAAAGUUGUUUGAACUUUUAGAAUACUACGAUAUGUCAAAUGAGGAGCGUACAUCAGUAGCUUUGCAGAGGUAUCCCUUAUGGGUGGAUAAUCGACCGCAAUUAGAUGGAUUUCUAUUUUAUCAUAAAAAGUCUCAUUACGUAUGUGGUACUACCCCCUUAGUUUGCUGGCUAUUUGCAUUUAUGCUGCCCGAUGUAUUACAACUACCAGUCAGUCGUUGUUAUGAACCCCCAGAUAAUUACUGUAAACAGAAUCCUUGGCAGUAUAUGGAUGAAUUUGAUAAACGGUUAAAAAUAAAAACAAAACAAUGGAAUCAACAGGAAUAUCCUUUAGAAGAAAAUUCUACGGCGAUGGAUGAAGAUUUGGAAUAUGUAGAAGAGAACUUAGAUGAAACUUGUAUGGAUAAGGAUAACGUGUUAGAUUCUUUACUAACAGCAGAGAAACUACUAGAAUUGGCGGAAGAAAAUUGA